CUGCGACUUGUAGCCAGUGCUGGCUUAUAAAAGGCUCAGGGACCCUUGGUCCCUUCAUAAUAAAGCUCGUCAAUAGUCACCAUCCUCCCAUCCCUCGUCAACAAUGAAGAGCCCCCUCGCCUGCCUCUCCGCUUUUGCUCUCUACACCUUCGCGGCUUCAGUCUCGGCUGUCAGCCCUAUCACCACGCACGUCCUCGACGCCAAGCUCGGUCUCCCUGGAUCUGGUGUGCCCAUCACCCUCAAGUAUGCCAGGAGCUCAUACGAUGCUGCCAAGGGUGACAGCCGAGUGAUUGCUCGCUGCACUACCGAUGCCGACGGCCGUUGCAACUCGCUGCUCCCAGAUAGCUAUGUUCUGAAGCGUGGUGUCUACACUGUCCACUUUGACAUCAAGACCUACACAAACAGGCUUGGCGACAAGGCAUUCUAUCCGUUUGCCGAUAUUACUUUCGAGAUCGAGACUCCUGCUCCUCACUACCACAUCCCGCUCAACCUGGCUCCGUACUCAUUCACUACCUACCGGGGCUCGUAAGCGCCGGAUAGUGUGUCAUAAUGCAGUUCCUUGUCCUCUCCUUUUCGUGCUAAUACACACGGGUAC